AUGAGUCUCUCGCCACUUCCGCCGUCUAACUCGAUCCCUCCAUCCCCAUCUGCCAGUGCCCGAAAACGUUCUAUUCAUGAGGUCGACGAUCUUGCUGUACCUGAACUUGGCCCAAAGCGGCCCUUAACCGACAAAGAAAACCAGGAAAACCACGAUCCCUGCAUUGUCGAAUCACCCGUGAAGGGAUCGACGUCCCCCAAACAACCCUCCGGCUCACAGUAUCCGACACCUGUUGUUGAGAUCCCCACCAGGAGGUCCCCGUCGAAGAGCACGGGCUCUGCGAAUCCUACUACUUGUUUGACUGUUGAAUGUACAACUGCACAAUCGAAUUCCACACAAUCGUCAACCACCGCUAUGCCCACUCCCACAUCUAAAAAGCGGAAGCUUUCACCGGCUAGCCAACAAGCUAAACAAGAAGAGAAGGAUACCAAGGAGCGCCAGCGCCUCGAGGAAAGGCAACGAAAAGAGGACGAGAAGCGCGCCAAGGCGGAGGAGAAAAAGAAGCGCGAUGCCGAACGUGAUGAGGAAAAGCGUUUGAAGGAGGAAGAGAAGAAGGAAGAAAAGAAGAAACGCGACGCCAAGCACGAAGAAGAGAAGAAGCAGCGAGAGGAGAAGAAAAGGGCCAAGGACGAGGAGAAAGCUGCCAAGGAUGCUGCCAAAGACGAGGAGAAGCGGAAGAAGGAAGAAGAGAAAUCGAAAAAGGAGAGAUCUCAAAUGAGAUUAAACAACUUCUUUGUAAAGCCACAGUUGCCCCCUUCAGCAUCCUCUACAGUUCCACCAUCUCCAAGCAAAACGGCCCCUAAUGGUGAUGCCGCCGCCGAGAACCCUCAAACGUCCGAAUCCGACUAUAAGAAAGCCUUCCCCGACUUCUUUCUCCAAUCCCACACGAUAGUCGCACCUCCCCAUCGAUUCGAUCGUGAUUCUGACGCUUUGAAACAUGUCCGUGAUACAAUUGAUGCUGGUUUGAACUCUGUGAAUGGCACAAACCAGCAGUUCCCGUUCCUGCCAUCUGAGAUUUUCCACAUGAUACCAUACCGUCGACGCUGUGGGCGCCAAACUAGCUCCGUCAGAGAUAUUUUGCAACAGAUACAGACUUCAGAGAGUGGAUCUCUACCACUUUCUGAGAACCAACAACAGAAACACCAGGCUCAGCUACGCAGGAUCACGAUGAAAUCGCUCAAAUUUGGCGAGGAUAUCCGUCCCUCUUACCAAGGAACCUAUACUCGUACCGUGCCGCAAACAACAACAUUAAAACUGUCACGCAACCCAUACUACCGCGGUCUCCCAGACACUAAUUACGACUAUGAUUCCGAAGCGGAGUGGGAAGAACCCGAAGAAGGCGAAGACCUUGAUUCUGAAGAAGAAGACGAGGGCAGUGACGAGGGUGAGGAUGAUAUGGAUGGCUUUUUGGAUGAUGAAGAUGAUGCUCUCGUCGGAGGCAAACGGCGUCUCAUUGUUGGCGAUCUGGAACCAGUUAACAGCGGCAUCCGGUGGGCAACAGACGGCGGUGUGGAUGACCUCAAACAAUACCAGAUCGAAACGAUCUCAGAUGCCGUCAAAUUUCCCAUUGACCCGUUCUCCACGGCGUAUUGGCAGAAGCCCCGUGCUGCCGAGCAGGUCUCGGCAAAGAAUAAGGCCACAAAUAAACAAGCUAAGAGCGCGAAUACCCAACUUAUCUUCAAAGUUCCCAACUCGGACAAGGCGUGUGCUGCUGGUGCACUGCCACCGCCGCCAGCAACCAAAGCGAAGCGGCCGUUCCCUCCUGAGCACUUGGAAGAGUUCAAGCAGGUCAUCGAAGGCAGUGAUCUUAGUAAGAUUGGUGUGGUCGAGAUCCUCAAGAAGCGAUUCCCCAAGGUCUCCAAAGACACAUUGAAAGUAACUUUGGACCAAGUUGCAGUCCGCGUUGGCCAGAAGGAGGCGGAUAAGAAGUGGGUUUGUCGGUGA